AUGUGGAAGGUGCAGGCUCUGACUGCUAGCGCCCAGGCGUCUUCCCUCUCUGUAGCUGCAGUACAGGUGGUGGCAGUAGAGGAGGAGCGGGAGCGGGUGGAAGUAGAGAAUGCUGCUCUGAGCCAGGCAGUUACCUGCCUGAAGGAUCUGGUCCUGGAGGGAUCCACCUGGGAGAACAGGGUCUGGCUGAGGAAUCACGUCCACGUUUCGCUCCAGAUCGGCCCGUCUUCCAGAAGACAGGGAAGGGAAAUGGCUGUGAUGGAGCCAGCUCAGGUGCCAGUGACCUUCGAGGAGGUGGCUGUGUAUUUCACCCAGGGGCAGGGGGCUCUGCUGGACCCCGCUCAGAGAGCCCUCUACAGGGACAUCAUGCAGGAGAACUACGAGACGGUGACCUCGCUGGGAUUUCCCCUUCCCAAACCUGAGCUGAUCGCCCGGCUGGAACGAGGGGAAGAGCCGUGGGUCCCGGAUCUCCAGGUCUGCGAGGAAAGGGAGAUCCCGAGAGGCACAGGUGCUGAGCGAGGGAGUGAGAAUGAGGAGGGGAAUCAUAAUGAGGAUGUUCCUGGUGAAGUGGAUGAAUGUAUUAUAUGUGGGGGAGGACCCAAGGAUCCCACAGCCCAGCAGACAAAUCCCAAUGAAGAGAAACCCUAUCAAUACAGAUCAGUCCUUCUUUCACAUCUGAGAACCCACACAGGAGAGAAACCCCAUAAGUGCUUGGACUGUGGGAAAAAAUUCAGAUACAGAUCAGUCCUUCUUUCACAUCUGAGAACCCACACAGGAGAGAAACCCCAUAAGUGCUUGGACUGUGGGAAAAGUUUCAUAUGGAGAUCCGCCCUUGUUUUACAUCAGAGAAUCCACACAGGAGAGAGACCCCAUAAGUGCUUAGACUGUGGAAAAAGUUUCAUACGGAGAUCAGACCUCGUUAAACAUGAGAGAAUCCACACAGAAGAGAGACCCCAUAUGUGCUUGGACUGUGGGAAAAGUUUCACACGGAGAUCUACCCUUGUUUCACAUCAGACAAUCCACACAGGAGAGAGAUCCCAUAAGUGCUUGGACUGUGGGAAAAGUUUCAUAUGGAGAUCCACCCUUGUUUUACAUCAGAGAAUCCACACAGGAGAGAGACCCCAUAAGUGCUUAGACUGUGGGAAAAGUUUCAUACGGAGAUCAGACCUCGUUAAACAUGGGAGAAUCCACACAGAAGAGAGACCCCAUAAGUGCUUGGACUGUGGGAAAAGUUUCACAUGGAGAUCUGUCUUUGUUUCACAUCAGACAAUCCAUACAGGAGAAAGACCCCAUAAGUGCUUGGACUGUGGGAAAAGAGGUCCCAUUCCCAAAUCUGAUCUGAUCACCCGGCUGGAACAAGGGGAAGAGUCGUGGGUGCCCGAUCUCCAGGCCUGCGAGGAAAGAGAGAUCCCGAGAGGUGACCGCACAGCACAAUGA